CACUUUGGAAAUUUCCUGAUUUUGCUUUUGAAGUUCAUACGAAUAUGAUAACGUGUUACAUGGUUUGAAUUUGUGGGACCAUACGGCGUAUAAAUAGAUGUGAGACUGUGGGAAGACUUGGGAAUUUGGAUUGAAGGGUGUUGUGAGGGAAGAUGGUUAGAGCUCCUUGUUGCGAUAGGACAGGACUGAGGCAGGGGACAUGGACACCAGAAGAAGAUCAACGGCUGACAGCUUACAUCCAUGAACAUGGACAUGGGAACUGGCGUGCGCUUCCCAAGAAAGCCGGUCUGUUGAGGUGUGGAAAGAGUUGCAGACUCCGAUGGAUGAAUUAUCUGAGACCAGAUAUUAAACGAGGAAACUAUAGCAGAGAAGAAGAGCAAACCAUCAUCGACUUGCACGGAUCCCUUGGAAAUAGAUGGUCAGCAAUAGCGGCGAGAUUACCAGGAAGAACCGACAACGAAAUCAAGAACUUUUGGCACACCCACCUUAAAAAGCAACUUGAACAACAUCCCACAACCCCAAAAACCAAAGGAAAAUCCAUGGAGAUGCCCAAAUACAAUGCCAACAUGAAGAAGGAAUCACAACCCAUUACCACAAAACAAGAUCUCCCAAUGCAUUUGAAAUUUGAAAAUCUAAACUAUUUGAUUGAUUGUCCUAAAUAUUCUUCCAGCAAUGUCUUGUCUUCAAGCGAAAACUAUGACACAUCCAGCGAAGAAAAGUGCAUCGAUUCAUUGAAGACAUUUAUGAAAUUGAGUGAUAAUUCUAUUGGCGAAACGUCAUCACUCGAAGGUUUUGGUACAUGGGAAGAUGUCAUGGGAACUGUUGUUGACUCUGAGCUUCAAUAUUCAUUCUCCUCCUGUUUUGAAGAAAAUCAAAGUCCAUACCGGAACGAUGAUACAAUGGAAUUUUGGUCCAACAUCUUGAUGGAAAACAAAGAACCGCAGGAGAUCGUAUAACUACUACUGAGCUGUGCCAGUGUGGCUGCAAAUGAAAGUUUACAUAGUGAGGUGAUUCACAUAUGAUCUAAGUUGAUAAUUAGGUGGACAACAUUAUUUGUCUCAACCCAAAAGUUGCUUGUACUCUAUGCUUAGUAUAGAUAGAUUUUCUUUCUUCUUUUUAAUCGUCUCAAAAGGAGUUAUUAUGCAAGUAUUUACAACUUGUAAGUAAAUAAAUAAUUGUUGAAUUAAAGAAAAAAAAAAUAA